AUGGCUGUUGAAGCCGCCGUUCUGAAGACUCAAGGUUUUUCGGGUGCAGUGGUCCAGACUAUGAUUCGUGCAGGAAGCCGUCGUCUUCCAGAAUCUACCACUGGACUUGGAAGUCCUACUGUACGGCUGUUAGUUGCCAGGGAGUUUGGUGACCGAUCUGCAGAAAGAAGAGCUUACAGUAAUCUUGGAAAUGCCUUUAUCUUCCUGGGUGAAUUUGAAAUGGCAGCGGAGUACUACAAAAGAACGCUUCAACUGGCCCGGCAAUUGAAGGACAGGGCGGUAGAAGCGCAGAGCUGUUACAGCUUGGGCAAUACCUACACUCUACUUCAGGACUAUGAAAAGGCCAUUGACUAUCAUCUCAAGCAUCUCGUCAUCGCUAAGGAACUUAAUGACAGGGUAGGAGAAGGUCGGGCAUGUUGGAGUCUGGGGAAUGCAUAUACUGCCUUAGGAAACCAUGACCAAGCUGUGCACUUUGCAGAGAGGCACCUGGAAAUCUCAAGAGAGUUGGGGGACCGUAACGGAGAGCUGACUGCACAACUGAACCUCUCUGACCUGCAGAUGGUGCUUGGACUAAGCUACAGUACCAAUACGUCUGUGCUCUCCGAGGUUCCUGAUUCAGAAAGCAGCUUACUUGGUGCGCGGCCACGUCUGAGCAGACGUCACAGCAUGGAGAACCUUGAGCUCGUGAAGCUAACGCCGGACAGGGUGGAGAACUGGAACAUUGAGAUCCUCACAAAGCAGAAAUCUCUUCUGUCCAAGCCUUCUGCUAAGCUCAUGUUUGUUAAUAAACUUAAGGGCAAGAAGUUUAAGAACAGUGCAUCCAAAGUCCUGCAGGACACCAGUAACUCUUCAGAUGCCAACAGGAAGAUGACAAACUCCCAGCGGAAAUCUGCGGUCCCAGACAGUAUUGGAGAUGAAGGAUUCUUUGAUCUUUUGAGUCGAUUUCAAAGCAACCGAAUGGAUGAUCAGAGGUGCAGUUUGCAGGGCAAAAACCUCUUGACUACAGCGACAUCAACGCCUCCAAAAUCCAUGAGAAAAUCCUUAUCUGCAUCUGUCGUAUCUCCUCAUACUGAGGAGUUUCUGGACCUCAUAGCAAGCUCACAGAGUCGGAGGUUGGAUGAUCAGAGGGCCAGCUUCAGCAAUCUGCCUGGACUGAAAAUCAACCAACAGCGCAGUAACUCUGUCCUGGACCACCUGAUGGCCACCGAGAACCGCGAGCCAGAUGACGAUUUCUUUGACAUGCUGGUGAAAUGUCAGGGAUCACGGUUAGAUGACCAACGCUGCGCUCCUCCACCCCCACCCAAAAAAGGUCCCACAGUCCCAGAUGAAGACUUCUUCAGUCUUAUUCUGCGUGCACAGGCCAAGCGCAUGGAUGAACAGAGGGUGACGCUAUCAUCACACCUAAGGAGACCGAACUCGAGCUAGGGGAAAGGAUAUUGUGCCCUUUCCUGCAAUCUGCUAAUCUUAGAGGUUUAAAAAAAUAAUAAUCAGGGUUUUUUCAUAGUACUGUAAUUUUUAUACUCUUCUGUAAAGUAGAGCUACUUUAACACACUGUGUGUGUGUGCUCUUCCAGUGUUAUACUUCUCUCCAGUCCCCAGAUGAGUCCUCGCUAAUGCACAACCUCAGACACUGCCGUUGUAUGAUUCAUAGGACAAUGGACACAUGGCAUGGAUAGAGGGGCUUCCUGGACAGUGUGACUGUACAGAUCCUGUAGAUGUAUGCAAGUGUCUCCUAUGUCGGCUAAGUAGUGUACAGCCGUUCUGUGUGGAAAGUUCUUUAUAUGUGUAUAUAUGUGUGGGUAUUUUUUGUUUUUAUUUUUUAAACUAUGCCUUUACUAAAAGGGGGUUUGGAUAAGUGAGUCUAAGGACUGGCACAGCAAGAGUUGUGUGAGACCAUUGCACUUAUUGUUAACUCUAGACUGUAAUCUAAAGCACUAAAUGAUUAUAUGUGAAUAUUCUCAUCUGGUAUUAACUGGUAGUUUUAAUCUUUUUAUUUGCUUGCAACCUGCUGUGCUGUGCUCAGUAGGUACCUCUAUUAGCAAAACUAUGGUACUGACUUUGGUAUUAUCAACUCACAGCAGGAAACCUAUGUAUGGCCAGUUUCAGAUGAGUGAGUUACCUGUGAGAGACGUAGCAUAAUUUAUAAUGCUUUGCGCUCCUGCCAGACCUCAGAUCUACUGAAUUGUACUGACGACAUUGUGUCAAUACAGUUAAUUAAAGAUGAGGUCGGGCCGGGACACACCACAUUCUAAAUCAUCAGUUUCACUCUUCUGAAACUGGCCUAUAGGAGUGUAAGGAUCAGAGAUUUACUGAUUUGUUUAUCUGACCCCCAUAAACUUGCUCAUCCAAGUAGUUUGUGUGGAUGUUACUUCACUAAGUGGAGUCAGGUGUAAAAUAAGCAACCAGUAGACACCUCUGAUUCUACUCAUCUCCUGAGGAAACAAGGAUCCACCAUGGAUGAAAUGCAACUGGUUUGGUUGUCCUCAUUACCUUUGUGAUCCUGUUGAAAUGAUCAAGUUUUUUUCUAAAUUGAUCUACGGUGUAUGGCAAUUUAAGGUUACAUGGCAUCUGUUUAAUUGCAGCAAACACUUCUCAUCUCUUCUAUGGGAACAAAAUUAUAACGAAUAGACAUAUGUACAGCAGAAUGCUCUUCAGGUCUGCCUAGCUGUCGCCAUAGAAAAUAAUGUAAGGCUCCUUGCAGUCCUGCCCCAGUACCUGCUGUGUAGCCUAACCUUCUGGUCAAUGCUGUUCAGUAAAAUUUACAUUUUUAGAAUGCCCGUCAUGAAGGGGUUAUUUUUUACUUAGGGAAAUGAUGGUACUGUAAGUGUUCUGUCUGGUCUGGCUUUUAAGUUUUGGUUGUGUAAUAUUGUUUUCAUGAAAUUUUGAAAUGAGACGGGGGGAAAAAAAGAAAAACAUUUAUUUUCUACACCACUAAUUGUUUUUUAUGUACGGUAUUUUAUCCAAACCAUGUAAAGUGGACCAGGAAUAAAAUCCUAGUUUAGAACACUAA